AAACUAAUCAUCUGAAUUUUGUUGUUUCUGCCGAGAAAAACUGUGAAUGUAAGAAUAGAUGUGGAAUAUAGACCGUCGAUUGAACUUGAACGGACAGAUGGAAGGGAUUCGUUAGGUUAGCAGGCAUGCACGAUUACUAUACUAAGUGCCUAUCGUGCCUAUAGCAUAUAGUGACAGAUUGCGGCUGUACUGUAUAGGUCGUGCAGUACCCGCCGACCAACCAGGUUCCUUGCCAAGUCGUACACAUUGUGACGCCAUGUUACGGUCUGUCUGUGCACGCCAUCAGAUUACACACGUAUGUGUACACAACUCGCCGAAUUGCGAGUAUUUCUUGCACAUGUAAUUCGCUCUGGAAAUACCAUAAUCUACAUUUUUCUCUGUUUCCCUCCCACUCGCGCGCUCUCAACUGAGACACUUCCCUGGCAUUCUUUGCCGUUUAAACAAAUCAACAACUUGCCUCACGUUCCUAUCGCAUUCGUUUUCCAUAAGUACAACACAUGCUUUGUAUAUAAAUUACGUGUCUCACUCUGUUUAUAUAUAUAAUAUUAUAAAUAGUCGCUAAACUCUUAGGAGGAUAUCCAUAUCUUUCAAUGGUGACCUUAUCACGUGAUCCCAGCACAGCGUGCAAAACAUGUCAUGCCAUCCUGAAAAUUACGGUAAUGGGCUUGGUUGCCCAAUGUAGACUCUGAAGACUCUCGAUUCUCCGUACCUCGACGGUCGAAGGUCACGGAGACAUCGCUAACUGCGAGGCGCAAUAGAGUCUGCCUGCCACAAGAAAGGAAUUCCAGAUCGACAUGCGGCUGCUGCUGCACAUCGUCGAUUCCAUAUUCACGUAAUCUAUUAUUUAAUGGCCGCGCAUAACAACUUCAUUCCUUUCUCUUUCGCGGGCGAAAGCAGUGGAGAAACGAUCUCAAGCGAAUUAACGAAUCUCUGAAUCCCCGUGGAAGUUCACGUUCAGGAACUUUCACGCCUCCUCGACUCUUCGCUAAAAGUAACAGUUUCCAGUUCGCUUGCACCGAAGACGUUUCGGUUUCUCGACUGAUCGUAGUUGUCCGUUUAUACCUUGAUCACAUCACGAAUGUCAUUGGGACGCGCGACGCGAUGGCUUAUCCUCCCUGCGUAAUCACGAUUCGCAAAUUCACCGAUGUAUCGUCAUCCAAUAGCAGACGGAAAAGUCAAGAGUUUCUAUUGUUGUGCAUAGCCAUAAUGGCGAGCACGUGCUCGUGGGCGCAAGAUGUAAAUACAAACACAGUAAGUCCAGGAAACGUGUCGCCUGCGACAUCGAUCAAGGACUCAGAUUCGGUAAGGAGUCGAGAGCUCAUUUGUCCGGUUGGUCAGCAGCUUGGGAGACUCGCACAGCUUUUCGCCAUCCCCUGUAAUCGACAUGGAGACUGUGCAAUUUUGGGCCCCGAUGAACGUUGUUGUGGAUCCCUAUGUCGGAAGGGCAUACCAGCCCCACCAAAGGAGCCACCACACGAGGCCGUACUAGGGAUAGAUCGCAUGUGUCCCAAGGAGCCGGUGCCGGAAACGCUUCCCAUACAGCGAUGCAAGACGGACAGAGAUUGUGGAAACAGCAGAAGGAUUUGCUGUCCUGAUCAGAAGGAUCUACAGCUUUACUGCAGGACCGCUGCACCAGUUUGGGCACAACUUCCUUUUCAGCAAACUCAUGCCACUUUGAUGUCUCUGCUUGCGUACAUGCAAUGCCAGGCGCCACCGCCAGCUACUCUCGAUUUGUUUCCGCAAGCUUGCAAUCGUACUACCGACUGUUUUCCUAAUUUAUGCUGUCAAGAAGGUAACGGGAAGUACUGCAGAGCUCCAAAAAAAUCACUGGCUGCCCUAGUCGCACAGGCGACGCAGAGAUUUGCAAGAGGAUAAAUAAAAGAAAUAUGAACCGCUCGAAAAUUACGCUUGACAUUAUUUGGUAAUCUUGAACAUUGGAUAGAUCAAUUAAACUACGUCAGUAUUUUUUAAACUUAUAUACUGAUUUUUUGUCGU